AUAAGACAGAUUAUGAAACCAGGAGGUUACAGCUUAGAAAUCAGACUGAAGUGCAGAUAAAUAUGCGAAGAACAGCCAAAUCCAAUACAUAGGUAGUGAAUAAAUAAUGACAUCUUAUAUUCUUACGGUUAAAAAUAAGCUCAUGUAAUAUGAAGUUCUUCAUUUUAACGCAAAACAUUUUCGAAGCUAUCUAGAAGUGAUCUCAUACUACUAAUAUCGUCCUAUUAAUAUAGUUAUUUUUAUUGUCCGUGUAAGCAUUAAAUAGUGUUAAGCAUUUGUGUAUAUUUCAGCAUAUGAAAUUCGCCAUGCGUCCUCAAAUGAAUCACAAUGCAUCAACUAACAUAGCUACUGAGAAUUCUAUCACUAUUCUAUAUGGGAGUCAAACAGGCAAUGCUCAGGCCUUAGCUGAACUGCUUACUCUUCAAGCGCAUCAACUAUUUGAUCAAAAGUGUAUUACAACCCAUCUACAGGGCUCUCCUAAAAUUCACUUGGUAUCAAUGAAUGACUACGUACCUGUUUCGCGACUUGCGAAGGAAAAUGGAGUGGUCAUAUUUGUUUGCUGCACUACAGGUUAUGGUGUUCCUCCAGACAAUAUGUCACAGUUUUGGAAAAAAUUGAUGAGCCGAGCUUUGAUUCCAGGACGUUCACUUCCAUCGAAUUUACGUUUUGCUGUCCUUGGUCUCGGUGAUUCUUCAUAUCCUAUGUUUAACUUUGUUGCUAAAAAGCUUUAUCGUCGUUUAGUUCAACUUGGGGCGACGGCACUUUGUUUCCAAAAUCAGAAAGAAUCGCCAUGUGAAGAAAAUGAAGAUUCAGGUCUUGGGUUAGCUGAUGAUCAGUCUGAGUUAGGUCCAAAUGAGGUUUUGCGAUCUUGGAUCCCAGCUCUUUGGCAAAGCAUCGUAAAUUUGUUUGGAAUCCCUAUGUCCGAACAGUUGUCCAAACUUAUCAGUUGGAACAAUUUAAAGAGUCCUGACUUUGUUUUUGAUUUGUGGCCAAAGUAUGAUGUAACAUUUACCAGUUUAGUGCCAAACGUAUCAUCCACAUGUGAGGACGUUUUGUUUGACCAGCUUUUUAAGCACGUUAAAUACGAUAAUGAGUGUUCCUUUAUGUCUAAACCAGCUCCAGCUAGUGCUGCAUGGUUUCAGGUUGUAAGUUGUGAACGUGUUACCAGUGCAGACCACUUCCAGGACACACGACUAUUACGAUUGUCAUACAAAAAAAUCAUAACCUUGACCUAUCGCUGA